GGGCGGGGAGCGCGGGGCCGGGGCGGCGAUACUCCGCCGCUCCGCAGGGCUGGGCCGUGCUGGGGGUGCCCGGCCGGGCCGCGGCUCCGGCAUGGACGGCGCGCCCGCCGCGCUGCUGGUGGCGGUGGUGGCGGUGGUGGCGGUGGUGGCAGUAGUGCCUGCCCGCCGGGCGGCUCUCGCAGUCUCAUUUUAUGGUGAUAGCUUUGUAGAGCUGAACACGGCAGAGGUAUCCUCUCAGACAUCUUUACAGUUGCAGUUUCGAACAAGCAAGGCACAGGGACUGCUUUUUCUUGCAGCUGGGAAGACAGAUUAUUGUUUAAUGGAGCUACACUCAGGAUAUGUACAGUUGAGAAUUAACUUUGGUGUGGGGGAACGAGUUCUGCAUUCUCAGCAAAGAUCUCAGCUGAAUGAUUUAGCUUGGCACCUGGUUGAACUACAUCAUGAACAUGAUAAUGUCACACUGGUAAUUGAUAAACAUGAUAGUGCAAAAAUACCUGGAAUUCUCUAUGAAUUAAACAUCGAUUAUGGAUUCUACAUAGGUGGUACUAGUAAACUUGAUGUUCCCUACCUUGUUGGAGCACUACCCAGUUUCCGAGGAUGUAUUGAUGAUGUGUUGUUCAACCACAGAGACAUUCUGAUGCCUCUGAGACCUUCUCCUGGCUUCAAAAUCAUCCAUGAAGUUUCGGUGGGAUGUAGUGAUGAAUUCUUUGUGGGUGAAGAACCCAUUAGUUUCUUCAGUUCCAGGUCCUAUGUUUCUUUCCCAUCAUGGAAUGUGGACGAUGAGGGAAGUUUUGAGUGUACAUUGCAAACCUCAGCUGCACGUGGCUUGCUGCUUUACCACCCUGGGCAAUUGGGAGAUUUCAUUGCAAUGGAAAUGAAAGGUGCUUUAAUUAAAGCUUAUGUUGGAAAACAUAGACAUAGAACCCAUCUUUCUUCUCGUAGAUCGGUCAAUGAUAGUCACUGGCACUACAUCAAGCUGAAAUUUACUGCAGAAUAUUUGCAGCUGACAUUGGAUGAAGAAACUGUGAAAAAAUCAUUGCCUCCCCAUAGUAAGCUGCCAAUUCUGAAGGGAUCCCUCUUUGUAGGUGGUGUAGAAGACAGCGUACGAUCAGAAGUGGUUAAAUUAGAGCUAAUCUCAGUAUCUGGGAAGUAUGCCAGAGGAGGAUCCUUCAAAGGUUGCUUAAGAAACCUGAAAGCCAACUCAGAAAAGAAAUCGCUGAAGAAUGUUCUGGUAACUAAGGACAUUUCAGCUGGAUGUGAAAUGCAGAGUGCUUUUAAUACGAAUCUUUCUUUAGCGAUGGCUGUAAAGAACCCUCCUGUGAAAACAGCCCCAGUAUUUGCCAUUUCUCGUGAAAGCUCUGUCUCUCUGGGCAAGGAAGACAAGAGCCACCUUUUAGUUCUAAGUAACUUGAUUGUGCCAGAGGGUGGACAAGCUUCACUCGAAUCUAAGCAUAUUAAGGUCAGCUUAGACUUUGAGAAAUUAGGAAUUCAUCAAUCACAAAUUCUUUUUGAAAUAAAGGAACCACCUUCUUCUCUGACACCUUCUCAUGGAGACUUGAAACUAAAUAUUGGACCAGUGCAGGAGGUAAAUAUAUUUACUAUGCCAGAUGUGUGGCAAGGGAAGAUUCUUUAUGUCCAUGACGGCUCUGAGGACACUUACGAUUAUUUUAAUUCCUCCAUUUCUACCAGCAGUGAGAAGAUCAUGCCUCCAUAUUUUCAAGAAAAUGAGCAGCAUGUGUUUAGCGUUACUGUCAUUCCAGUAAAUGAUGCACCUGAGAUCGCACUUCCUGAGGGAAACUUGCUGCUUCUCUUAGAGAACUCAAAGAAACGUUUGACUAGAGACCUGAUAAAAGUUCUAGAUAAGGGUACAGAUUCUCAGGGUCUCAGUCUUUCAGUCCUUGGAAAUCUGAAUGCAGAUGCAGGAUUUUUAGAAAACUCAAAGCAUCCUGGAAAAGCCAUUACUACUUUUUCUAAUGAGGACUUAAGAGAAGGUACUGUUUUCUUUGUCCACACAGGUGUCAAGAACUCAAGGCUUGUUCUCAGGGCAAGUGACGGUGAGAAGGUGAGCAACACUGUUGUGUUACGUGUCAUGGCAGUUCCUUUGGAUUACAGAGUUGUCAACAACUCAGGAAUAAAUCUACUCCAAGGUAUUACAACUCUUAUAACACCUAGGCAUCUGGCAGUUGAAACAAAUGCUGUCCUCCAGGAACUGGAAAUACAGUACGAAAUCACAGAGCCACCUCAGUUUGGUCAAGUCCAAAGGCAGCAUUCAAGGGGGGAAUGGAAGCAAGUCAAUUGUUUUUCUUAACGCUCUCUUCAGCGCAGCCGUGUGAGAUACUGUAGCACUUCUAAAGAAAUUCAGCUGGAAAAUGUUACCGACCAAUUUAAAUUCAAAGUUAGUGUAGGAAACAGAAUCAGUGAAGAGCGCACAUUUCCAAUCAAAGUGAAAUGGUUAAGGUACACUCUAUUGAAACACAGUCCUCUAGAAAUUGAAAAGUCAAAAAAGAAGUACUUGAAUUCUGAUAAUCUUUUUGCUGUUAUUGCAGAUCUAGAAAUACCUGAAGAUGAGCUUAAUUUUAAAUUGCUGUCUCUACCAAGAAAUGGACAGAUACUGCUUAAUGACCAACCUUUGAAAAAAGAUUCAGUCUUUAGCCAAAAAGAUAUUACUGAUCAAAAAGUGGCAUAUGAAUUAAUCAGCAGAUACCAUGAAGACAACUAUGAUUCAUUUAGAUUCCUAAUUUCUACAAAGUAUCUGUAAUCAAAUUUGUAUGACUUUGAAGUCUACAUCAAAUCAGAUUUUGGAAACAUUAUUUUGACUAACAAUGGCCUUAAUGUUACUGAAGGUGAAGGAGAGUUAAUAAUGAGCACGAAAUUGUUUGUGCAAACAGUAAAUAAUAAAACUUUCCAAUACAAAGUUAUACAGUUUCCUAAGCAUGGGAAAUUAAAACUUAUUGAUUUUUCAGGCCCUUUUGAGAAUAAUGACAAUCUCACAACUUUCACUAAUAAAGAUAUAACCAAUAACCACCUUAUGUAUGUGCAUGAUGAUUCUGAGACAGCGUUUGAUGAAUUCCUUGUCAGAGCUUCCAGCAAAGAGUCAGGAAAGUGGGCAAACUUUGAUCCAGAAGUAGAACCUUUGUCAGUAGAAAUUAGAUUCAACAUUUCUGUCCAGCUGAAGAAUGAUGAGAAACCAAUACGUGUGAUUGAUACGAUAUUUAACAUAGUGAGAAAUGGGCAGCGAUUAUUGACUUUGGCAGAUCUUUGCUAUCAUGAUCCUGAUUCUGAUUUUGAUGAUGGACAGUUGCUAUAUACUAGACGUGGUAUUUCCAAUGGGGACUUGGUGCUAACAAAUGAUACUUUGCAUAGACUCUACCAAUUCAAACAAGCGGACCUGGAGCAAAAGCAAGUCCUGUUUCUACGCCGUGGUACAGAUUUUGGGUGUUUUGUUCUUUUUGUGACAGAUGGCAAGCACUAUACUUCUUUGCUUCUAGAAGCUAAUGCCACUGAUCCUUAUGUUAGGCUGGCAAAUAAUACAGGACUGUUGGUUCAAAAAGGGAAAGAGGAAACCGUUUCAACAGCUAACCUGAGUGCUACUACAAACCAAGACAUAAGAAAUGAUCAUGAGCUUACAUAUGAGAUACUCUCUUUCCCAAAAUAUGGAAGAAUAUAUGUAAAUAAUCUGUUGAUGGAUUCCUUUACUCAGCGUGAUCUGAUAAAGGGGCAUGUAACCUACAGGCAUGAUGACAGCAACAACCUUAUUGACAAAUUCAACUUUACAGUCUAUGCUAGAGGUGUCCAUCUAAAUGCUGAAGUGCAGGUUUGCAUAUAUUUGGAAAGUCAGCAGCAGCCACCAAGGGUUGCAAACAAAAACAAUCUCUUGGUUGAAGAAGGAAAACUAGUUGAAAUCAGUAAAGGCAAACUGCAAGUUGUUCAUGAAAACAGUUCUCCAUCUGAGAUUGUGUUCACAGUAAGAAAGCUUCCAGUACACGGAUGCAUUCAGAAGUUUUCCUUGGAAGAAAGUUAUCUCAGUUUUGACCAAAGGCCAGUUUUGAGCUUCACACAGCAAGAUGUCGACGAGGGCAAAGUCCAGUAUGUGCAGACAGUUUCUAACCAACUAGAGGACUGUUUUUUUCUGGAUGUGACCAACGGUGUCCGAACAGUGAGUGGAAUAGAGAUCUCUGUAGACAUCAUCCCCAGAAUCAUUCCACUGGAAGUACAGAACUUCACAGUAAUUGAAGGGGGCUCGAAAGCCCUGGUGGAAGACUAUCUAAAAAUUUCUAGUAGACAUUUUGUAGGACUCAGCUGUGAAUUCAUUUUAACUGAGCAACCAAAACAUGGGUAUGUUGAAAACUCUCAUGUUCCUGGAAUAAAGUUAACCACAUUUACCAGAAAACAGGUGGAACAAGAAUUAAUCUACUAUGUUCAUGAUGACAGUGAAGAACUGAUGGACAGUUUUACUCUGAUAGUAAAUAACAUAGAGUUGUGGAAACAAAGUUUGCCCUAAACUGUAUUUGUAACUGUUACUGCAGUAAAUGAUGAAGCUCCUGUUAUAAAAGUUAACAAAAUUCUUCAGGUAUGUUAGUCAAUAUUUUGAAGUCUUAAAAUUAUUUCUAUUAUUUUUGAUGCCAUUUGAUGCACCUUCAUUAACAGAGUAUUAGAUUUGUCUCUGGUGGGAUAGUCAAUAUAAUAAAUAGCAGUCCUGGGAUUCAGAGAAAUUAAUGCUAAUGAAAGGAGGCAGUACAGGCAGUACAUGGCUAGUUUGUGUUUAGGAAGAUUCUAGUCAUCAUGGAGAACAUUUUCUGCUGUUCUAAUAUAAAGUUUAUCUAGAAGGCUGAGUGAGCGUUCUUUUAAUCUUAAAGUUACAUUAAGUGUUUUGGACUGAUCUAGGGCUUGUAGGGGUGAAUGGCUGACACCUGGAUCACUGUUAUGUUUUAGUGUUGUUUGCUAGGGUAUCUUGAGGGCUGUUAAUGAACAUGUAACUUAGAAAAGUGCCAAGACUGGUGAUGAUGAGAAUGCCUUCCUACCCCGUGCCUAUUGGAUAUUUCUUGUACAAAACAGGAAUGUUCUCUUCUUUAAAAGUUGCAAAUAAUACAAUGCAGUCUAUAAUAAUCUGGGGUGUUACAGGUCAUCAAAAUAUUGGUGCAGGCACUGAAGCUAUUCCUGUGUGAUACUAUAAGCUAAAAAAACAGCAUGUUAACUUGUUUCUAACUCGGUCUCCCCCCCAAAAAAAAUCCUGAAGAAAAUGUUAAAAUUGUUUACUAAUGCUACAUUUUGCUCUUAAUAGUUGAGUUUUUAUUCUAUUGAUAUUUGAAAAAAAAAAUCUACAACAACUAUUACUUCAAU